CCGCCUGGCUGUUGUCUCCGUGGCCAGCAUGCCGCAGUGUGCACUGUACUCCGUGCUUGUUAUUGAUCAAGCCUGGUCGCAGCGCAGACAGCCUACACGUGCCAGUCAGUGUAUGCGGUGGCAGUGAUGAUAUAAGCACACUUCACGUUCUCCCUCUCUCGCUAUCGCCCAACCCACACUAACUCCACGUUUCAAGAGCUCGUAAACCUCGUGAUGAUGUUUUUCCUGUCUGUUCUAACGCGGAAUAGCCUCUGUUCGAAAAAUGUGUGAUUUGUUCUCCUCUCUAAAAGAAGAAUUUAUCGACCUGUGUGCCAAGUUGUGAAGAGUUUUAUCAGUGUUGUAAAUCUGAGAAAAAUUUAUCUGAGCAGUAUAUACGAGAGGCUAGGUUCUCUAUAUAGUAUAAUUAUCCAAAUGAUGUAAUGUUGUAAGACAAACAGCGAUGACCCGUCAGCACAGACAGUGACAUGCUAUGACAACAAGUCACUACAUUGACCCUGGAUUCCACCAGCGUGAUUGUCAUCGACGUUCAUCUCCAGCUGUGCGUAGUGGUGGGAAAUACUUUACGUUUAGUACUGGUGUGGUGACUAAUACAGUGGAAAUACUGCAGUGUAUAUCAUCUCCAUACUUUGGGAAUACUGUACUGUGAACUGCUCUAUGCUGUGGGGAUAUAAAAGAGGGAACCACCGUUUCCCAGAGGAGACCUCUACCAAUUAGUUAAGAGUCUUUUUAUUACCUGGGGGAUGCUAACUACCAGAUCGUGUCAAGGAUAUGGUUGAAAACACACAGAAUGUCACAGUACUCGGAAAUGACCGAAGUGCCGUGAAUUUAGUGACGAAGUAUUUAAUAUUCUUCGUCAACUUCAUGUUCAUCUUGUUGGGCCUGGCACUGACUGUGAGCGGAUCGUACAUCCUGGUCACGACGGGCAAGCAGGUAACGUCGUUAAUGGACUUCCUGUUUGACCCAGCAUGCAUCCUCACUCUGGCCGGGUCCAUCUGUGUCGUCAUCGCAUUCUUUGGCUGCGCUGGAGCGCUUAGAGAAAAUACCUGUUUCCUUAGAACGUACACGCUGAUUCUGUCAAUACUCUUCUUCCUCGAGGUGGCCCUCAUUAUCCUGGUGUUUGUUUAUUACUACGUGCCAGACGUGAGGAAGUCGCUGAAGCUCUACCCGGAGGACCUGCUGCAGACUGCAAUAGAAAAAUACGAGGACGAAACAGCAGGGGACUUGAAAAAUCUUUUAGAUACCAUUCAGAAAACAUUGGACUGUUGUGGACUAAGUAACAACGAGACGGGCUACUUGAACUGGAAUCUGAACAAAUAUUACUUCUGCAACGAUUCGUCGGUCGGAGUCCUUAGUUGCUCUGUUCCCUUUUCUUGUUGCAAAAUAAAGCCGGGCGAUUCCAUAAAUAUUUUAUGUGGAGCUGGAGUGCUAAAAAAAUCUGAUCCCAAUGAAGUGUCGGACAAGAUCUACACUAACGGUUGUCUACGCGGCCUGCAGGUGUGGCUGGACAGUAACAUCUGGACGUUUGGUGGAAUUAUACUGGGAAUUUUACUGCCCCAGAUACUUUUGGUUGGUUUUGCGCGGGCUUUGCGAGAUCAAGUGUUACAACAGAAGUCCAAAUGGUAAGAGCGUCACGUGGUCAACAUUCCAGAACUCCGUGCUCAACACUCCCAGGCAGCUCCACGUUCAGUUGGGGUUUUUUUGUAUAACGUAUUUUCAUAAACUACAGCAGCAUGUGUACUGUGUAUAACAUGUUAAAUUAUACAUUUCUAUUCAGUGGUAUGAAUAGUCGAAUAAUAUACGUUUUGCAAUAAUAACGUAAUGUUUUUUAAAACUACAACAUUAUUUAUUCUUCAUUUCAAACAGACACUUAUAAAUAUUUGUAAUUAACAUUUAUAUGUAACAUGUUGCGCUGAUAAAAAGAAUGUGCCAAUAUCAUGUAGCAAUUUCCCAUCAAGAUGACACGGCCAAAAGGAAACUGUGUUCCCAAGUGUUUGUCCUCAAAUCAACGCCAACAGUUCGUUCUGUUGGCUAGUUGGUGGUGCCUUUUUAAAGCAAUUUGUUAUUUUUAAAACUGGAAUGAAUUCGAAAGACAUUUCACCAUAUAAUGAUGAUAAUAUUUGACAUGAAUGACGUACAGUACUAUAAAUACUAUUGUAGUUGUAUGAUACCCUUUCACAAAUAACACAAAUGUAUAAAUGCAAUCGAUAUUUACUCUUAAAAUAAAAUGUUUGCAAUAAAAUUUUAUUCAAAUGUUUUGAUAAUUGCAAUUGUGAAAUUGUGAAACUAUGCAACAGACAUUUAUAAAAGUAAAAUUCGAUUUGACCCCCACGAAACCAUCCUUCCCUUGCAUACCAAUCUGAUUAAAAUUAGCUCUACUGGUCUCACCAGUAGAACUAACAGCAUUGCGUGGACUCCCAUGUCCAGGUGACAUUUCAUCUAUAAAUAACAAUUUAAAGGCGCUCUGUCACGGAUGGU